UUCCAGUGCUUUCACUUCAUCCUAGAGGCUAAAUGGGCUCCCCUGGACUCGCUUGGCAGAACUGACCACCUACAAGAAUGUUAUAUACGCAAGGGGAAAAUGCAAGCAGGGUGAAGAGAGAGGCAUAGAUGAUGGACACUAAAACAAAGACUCCUCUUUUCAGCCUGAGUCCUAAACCUGAAGAAGCUACAGCCUGGAGCGCUAAACUUCAUGAAUCUUUCCAAACGACAAGCCAAGAAGACCUGUUGAAAGUUUCCUCUUGAGUUUCGUGGAGAGAAUCUCAGGUCUAGAAAUAUCCUUACUGCCACCUGACCUGAAGCAGAAGAAAUCACUGACAGCUUCCAGACCAGGCCCAACAUGUGUAGCACCAGUGCGUGUGACCUGGAAGAAAUCCCCCUAGAUGAUGAUGACCUAAACACCAUAGAAUUCAAAAUCCUCGCCUACUACGCCAGACACCACGUCUUCAAGAGCACCCCCGCUCUCUUCUCGCCAAAGCUGCUGAGAACAAGAAGUUUGUCGCAGAGGGGCCUGGGGAAUUGGUCAGCAAAUGAGUCAUGGACACAGGUGUCAUGGCCUUGCAGAAAUUCCCAAUCCAGUGAGAAGGCCAUCAACCUUGGCAAGAAAAAGUCUUCUUGGAAAGCACUCUUUGGAGUAGUGGAGAAGGAAGAUUCGCAGAGCUCGCCUGCCAAGCUCUCUGCUCAGGGUCAAAGGACAUUGGAAUACCAAGGUUCGCACAGCCAGCAGUGGUCCAGGUCUCUUUCCAGCGUGGAGCAGUGCUUGGAGCAUGAAGCUGUGGACCCCAAAGUCGUUUCCAUUGCCAACCGAGUGGCUGAAAUUGUUUAUUCGUGGCCACCACCACAAGAGACCCAGGCAGGAGGCUUCAAGUCCAAAGAGACUAUCGUACGUCAGGGUGGCUCCUCCCAGCUCAAAGACCGCCUGCCUAUAGCUUCAAGUUCUAAGAAAGAUGAAGAAGAACAAAUAAUAGCCAAAAUUGUUGAGCUGCUGAAAUAUUCAGGGGAUCAGUUGGAAAGAAAGCUGAAGAAAGAUAAGGCUUUGAUGGGCCCCUUCCAGGAUGGGCUGUCCUACUCUGUUUUCAAGACCAUCACAGACCAGGUCCUAAUGGGUGUGGACACCAGGGGAGAAUCAGAGGUCAAAGCUCAGGGCUUUAAGGCUGCCCUUGCAAUAGACGUCAUGGCCAAGCUCACAGCUGUUGACAACCAUCCGAUGAACAGGGUGCUGGGCUUUGGCACCAAGUACCUGAAAGAGAACUUCUCACCAUGGAUCCAGCAGCACGGUGGAUGGGAAAAAAUACUUGGGAUAUCACAUGAAGAAGUAGACUGAAAUAGCAGAUUUGUCGUCAGGAAUACUCAUCGCCUACUGUGGCCCUGUGUGCACUGGCCUCAGAUGGACUACAGGAGAUUACCAUGUACAAGGCAGAGGGAGCACUGACGUUUUCAAAACCAUUAUUCCCGUGACUGGAGAGGCAUCAAGAGAGGCCUUGUUCGUCUCCAGCUCAUAGAACGUAGCAGCGUAGUCCUUGACAUUGAUGUUUUUCAGGCCCUCCAUUGAGUGCCUGAGGAAAUCUAUAAAGAUAAGUGGCGAUGUUGUUCCAAACACUCAGAACAGAUACCAUCAUCCUGCCUUUGUUAGCUGCUGUAGGGAAAGUGUGUUACAGAUGUCUGCUGACCUCACAGGGGUGAAAUGAUAAACUGUGCAUGUGUUUACACUUC